UAUGCUAAAUGAAAUCCCAAUCCAAAUUCAAAAGACUUUAGCAACUCUAAAGACCCAAAUAGAGAGGGCUGGUCUCAAAGAAGCUUAUCUCAUCUCUGAUAAUAGUCUACCUUUGUUUUUUGAAGAUCUUCAAUGUAACAGCACUAUUAGUUAUCCAAUUUGGGUGCCCCCAGAUGAUUUUGCUAUAUUACAAACUGAAGCCAAAUCUUUAGCUCAACAAGAAAUAGAUGAAGUAUUAGAAUCGAUAGAUUUCGCAGGGGCCCAAUCUUGA